UUGGCCAGAGAUGGUCUCUCUUCUGGAAGGCUGGACUUGCGAAUCACAGGACUGAGACCCUCUGAUGAGGGCCUGUAUUUCUGCACUGUGGAAGAUGCUGAUGCUUAUGCUGAAGCUAUUGUGGAUCUGGAGGUGUCAGCCACAGGAACUGACCCCCACCUCUCCCUGGGGGGCUACGAGGCCGGAGGCGUCCGGGUGCUGUGUCGAUAGGCCGGCUGGUACCCGCUGCCGCAGCUGCUGUGGAGGGAUGCUCGUGGGCAGCACCUGCCCUCGGUCUCCCAGACACAUUCCCAGGACCAGGAGGGGCUCUUUGAAAUCGAAGGCGCCGUCAUCGUGAUCGGGAGCGUGGAGGGGCCCUUGUCCUGCGUGGUCAGGAACAGCCGCAUCCAGCAGGAGAGGAAAUUUUCCCUGCACAUUGCAGCUCCCUUCUUCCACAAUGCCCAGCCCUGGAUGGUGGCUCUGGCUCUGGUCCUUGUGCUUUUGGCUGUGUCCAUUGGCCUCGGUGUUUAUCUCUUUCGAAAGCAAGCAACCAAGCUGCUCUGCUCACCACCUGUUCCUCCGCCUUUGCUUUUCAGCGGCACAGAGCCGAGAGCUGGCAGCGAAAAAGGAUGCAGAGCUGGGGAAACAAGCUGCAGAGAUGAAGGAAAAAGAUACAAGGCUGGAUAAACAAGCUGCAGAUCUCGAGAAACAAGCUGCAGAGCUGGCAUGGAGAAAGUUUCUGCUGCCUCACUAUAAAGUGAAGGUGACCCUGGAUCCGGACAUGGCUCAUCACAUGUAUGUCCUGUCUCAGGACAACAGCAGAGUAAGACUGGAAAGUGAACGGCACCAGGAUCCUGACACACGGAAGACAUUUGACGAUAGGUGCUGUGUGCUGGGCCGUGAGGAGUUCAGAGAGGGGAGGCACUGCUGGUUGGUGGAGGUCGAGGGGGAGCAGAUAAAGGAUUCAGUGUGGGCUGUGGGGGUGAUCAAGGCUUCUAUGGAGAGAACAAAAGGGACAAAGUUUUUCGGAGACAAAUGGGCUGUGCAGUACUCUAAGGGGCAGCUAGAGUCUCUCACAUAUCCUUCCACCCCCUUGUCCCUGUCCCCUGUCCCCACGAGGAUCUGGAUCUGUCUGGACUGUACCCAGGAGCAGGUGUCUUUCUUCAACGCUGACAAUGGGGUCCAGAUCUACACUUCAGCAGUCUCCUUCAAUGGGGAGAGCCUCCGCCCCUGGUUCUGGAUAAGGACACUGGGAAUUCAGCUGUGCCUGAGGGACAGCACCCCCCAGACCCCGUCCCCAGCCCUGGGGAGCUCCUGCCCUUGUCCAGCCACUCCUGCAUCACCUCUCCUUGGUCCUGCAGGAGCAGCACAGAAAUGAGGGGCAGUGGGGUCAGGGACUGCCCCGUGUUCCUCCCUGCUGCUGGAGGAGGGCUGGGAUGCUGCAAGCAGGGGCCAGGCCCCUUGCAGCCCCUGGGCUCUGCCCUGCACGCGGCUCCUGUGCUGGGGCACAAGCCCUGCUGGCACCCACGGGUCUCACCCUCCCUCUGAGCCCCAGUGGGUAGCACAGGGGCUGCAGCAGCUCUCCACGCUCCUCUCCCCUCUGCUUGCACUGCUUGCAGACCCCAGGGCAAGGGAUGUGGUCACUGUGUGCUGCUGGCCAUUGCAGGCCACCUUUGCCUCCUAGGUUGGGGUUGAUCUUUGCUCUGUGCCUGGUGCUGAGCAUGAGCAGCCUGUGGGGGCUCUUUGUUCCCUCCUCUGGAGUAUAUCUAUCCAAGACCCAGCAGCAGUAGACUGUGGCAAAUAAAGUUUUGUACAGGAAGAUGGA